CCUGUUCCCAAGCAAUCAAUAUUGAAUCGGGAUGUAGCAACCACUUGGGCAGAUCUCGGUGUAAAGUAGCUCCUUGUUCCGACAGUUUAGCUGUUCCGCAGUGGAUUCUAGGGCGCCAGGGCUGCAAUCUUAUCAGUGAUAGCCCCUGGCAUGGAAUGGCAAUUGAUCGCACAUCCUUGCGUCGUCUGAAAGAUGGUGGUUUACAGGGGAGCUUUGAAGCAAAUGUUUACGGUCGCAACAACCAAUUUGCGUCUUCGACCUUUCAACCCUAUUCCGACAAUCGAAUUCGCUUCCUGAGUGGUGCUAACCUUUCUGUUGCCAUGUAGAAACCAUCCAAAGGCUUUCCCAUGGCUUCAUUUACACCAUAUGCGUACAUCCAGUGUCCCUGUGUCGACUCGGUUCCAGGAUCGCGCUCUCCGGACGGCGCAUCGACGCCCACAUCGCAUUCGUCUCCCGAAGAUGACGAACGCGACUUCGACCCCCGCUCUCCCCGCUCUAACUACAGCUUGUAUCCGAUCGAGUAUAUGCUGUACUGCGAGGACUGCCAUACGGUCCGUUGUGAGAGGUGUGUUACAGAAGAGGUCGUGACCCUCUACUGUCCCAGUUGCCUGUUUGAGGUGGGGAAUAGCAGCGUGAAAACAGAGGGGAAUAGAUGCACACGCAGUUGCUUCCAAUGUCCCAUCUGCAUUGGUCCCCUGUCUGUGCAAUCCCUCGAGUCGACACCUGCGGCGCCUGAACCCUCCCUUCUCUCGGCCGACCACGCCACCGCCACUGGCCCGGCGGGCCCUUGGAUCCUUUGCUGCUCAUACUGCAAUUGGAAUUCGUCAGAAAUCGGCGUCAAGUUCGACAAGCCGCAGGGUAUCUUUGCCCAGCUCUCAAAACUUCGCAGUGGUUAUGACAACCAUCAUUCCCGGUACACCUCUAGUGGUGAUGGUGACACGUAUCCAACCAAGAGAGACGCCGACGGUGAGCCAGGUUCCACCAAGGCACGCUUUGCCUCCCUGAAGUCCUUUUACCAAACACAAAUGAGCAACGAAAAUCCCAAUUCCGGGCUUGGUAGCACCAUGGAUUACGGCUACGGAUCACCUGGUGCACUCUCUCGCAUAAUGAGUCUAUACUCGGGCAACACGCUAAGCUCUGCAAAGCCCAAGAGCAAGCCCACCAUAAUGCGUGAGGCUGAUACUACUAAAGAAGGCCUUUUCCCGGCUAAACUCGACGACACAAGCGUCAUGUCGGGUUUGCGAAGCGCAGGGUAUGACGGAACCGCCACACGGGCACAGGUCAAUGUGCAGGUUGAGGAAGGGGCGCGCUUCGCGACAGACUUGUGGCCCAUUCCAUACGUACUGCGCACGAAGCGGACCAAGCGCUGCCCGAGUUGUCGACACAUUCUUAGCAAACCAGAGGCCAAAGUGAGCAACACACGCUGGCGCAUGCGGUUGAUAGCAGGAAACUAUAUCCCUUCCAUCACGAUCAAGCCAUUGAUCCCUGUGGGCGCGCCCGGCGGGCCAACGACCCAUCUCCUUACACCGGUCAAGCCCGUACAGUAUCUCCUAACGUUCAAGAACCCUAUCUUUGAGACUAUAAAGGUGACGCUCGCCACGCCGGCCGUCACGCCGGGCCGCUUCGCGUCCAAGGUCACGUUACUAUGUCCGCAGUUCCAGAUCGGCGCUAACUCGGACGACUACAAUCUCGAUGAGGUGCUCAAGGACCGGGACAAGGAUCCACAGCGGAAACGGAGCGAUACCACGGGCCAGCAGGUCGAGGCGGGGAAGGAAUGGGACAGCGGCCGGAACUGGGUCAGCGUCGUGGUCGAGGUGGUACCUUCUUCAAUACAGAUCGAGCCCAAGCCCACCAUACUAAAAAAGCUGGGCGAAGUAGACGACCUCGGUCCCCUGAGAGAGGACGAGGAUAUCGUUGAGAUUCCCAUAUUUGUCCAUCUCGAGUGGGAGGCGUCAGCAGAUCAGGUUACGGGGAAGGACAGGGAGGACAAGGAGACCAAAGAGAAGAAGGAGUUGGCGUAUUGGUGUGCCCUCGGGAUUGGACGGAUUAGUCCGGAAUGAAUAGAAAGGGAGUGUAUGUGGUCGGACGGAGAAUGGAUGGAUGUCUAGAUACCCCGAAUGCGAAGAAACGACUCGUAAAAGUUAAUGAAAGUGUUCACGAAU